CGGUCUAAGAUCGUUAUGCAUAAUUAUGUGCAUAGAUUUUUAGAAUCUACUAUUGGAAAUAUAUUUGGCAAAGAUAUAACUUGCAGAGAACCAGUGCAUCGAUGCGAUGAUUAUCAACCAGGUGUGUUAGUAGAAUUUGGAAGAACUGGUAUAAAAUUGUUCAAGAAAUUCUUGAUGCCGUGUGGGCUAUGUGCUGCAACACCAAUAAUGAAACCCCCAACUCCUGAAGAACAUGCUAAGCCUUGUAAUAAUGAAACACAAGGAAAGAAAUUAAUAAAACCAUCAGAAUUACCCAUUUAUUCUAUUGAUGAUAAUGGGUAUUCUAAGCAGUUGCCAUGUGUGGAACAUCCUUCUAUUGUGGAAAAAAAAAUUAGAGAAAUACGUCAAAGUGUGGCAGCAGUAAAACUAGUAUUGGACGGAGUUUUCCUUGAUGUUUCAAAUACUUUCAAAUAUCUUGAUAAUAUUAAAUUUGCAGUUGAUUAUCUCCAAGAUGAAGCUAAUCUUAUGCCACGAAUAGGAGCUGUUGGUAUUGGUGGUUUAUCAGGAUUAGUAGUAAGUCUAAGAAGAGGCAUACCAACCAAAUUAAUUGCUACGACUGCAGGUGCUAGUAUUGUUGGAUGUGUUUGUUUCCCUAAGGAAGCACAACAAGUAGCUAAUACAUUAGGACAUUAUAGAAAUAUUACUUUCAAUUUCAUUUUUGGUGUGAAACCAGGAGAUAACAUAAAGGACACUUCAUUUUCUGAAUUACUGAAAGCUUUACCUGAACUUUUUGAAAAGAAAAAUUUAUCUAGUCUUUUUGAAAAGAAAACGGGCGAUACAACUGAAAAAGAGGAGAUAAAUACGAAGGAAUCGAAGAAGAAAGAAUAACGAAUCAAUAAAACAAUAUUAAUUAAUAAUUAUUUCCUAAUUCAAUG